AAUGCAACAAGGUGAAGAAAUAGAUAUGAAGGAAUUAGAAGAACUGAUCACAAAAAAGUGUAAGGCUAGAGAGGAAGAAAUAUAAAAGCAGGUCACCUAAGAUAUGACUAAGUAUAAAGAAGAAUGUGAAAAAAUUUUACAAAACAUACAAAAAGAGCAUGAAAAAAUCCAAAAGCAAUAUGGAUAAGAUUAAGAAAAUUUCAAUAAAACAUUAAAGGACAAAAUCAACUAAGUUAAGUCUCUUGUAAACACCGAAAAGAAUAAAGCUAAAGAAGAGCUUGCAAAGACUCAAAAAAACAUUAUAUAAUUAACACAAGAGUAAUUUGAUGCUCUUAGUAAAUCGAAAGAUGGGCAAAUAUAAGAAUUAUAAAAACAACUAAAAGAAUUAGAGGCACUUAAAUAAUAAGAAUUAGAGGCACUAAAAUAAUAACAAUUAGAACAACACAAUCAAGAAAUUACAAAAUUAAAGAAAGACCUUGUUGAUCUAUAGAGUAGUACUGAAUAAUAACUCAGUAAAGAAAGAAUAAAUAGCCAAUAAGAAUUAAAGAAUAGAAUAACAUAAAUGUAAAAUGAAAGUACAUAGAGAUUUAAAGAUCAAAAAUAAUAACAUGAUGUUGAAAUGGAAUAGUUUAGGAGGUCAUUUGAAAGGAAUAUUGAAAAACUUAUGAAAGAAAAAUCAGCAUUAUAAGAAUAAUUGACAAAUGCAGAAAUUGAAAAAAUAUAAAUGAAAUAAUCAACAUAAUCAUUAUCAGAAUGUAAAGAUUGCAUUAAAGAUUUAUAAAAUGCCAAUGUCGACAAAGAAACUUUGGAAAAGCUUUAAAAUACUGUUAAAAAUUAUGAACAAGCAGUAUCAGAUAUGGAAAGUGAACAAAAAAUAUUUUUGACUACUAAAUCUUAACUUUCUGAAACACAAUAAUCAAAUCAAUAAUUGGAAUCUAAAUUAGAAUAAAAGGAAUAUGGAUUAAAUAAAUUAAAAGAAAAAAGCGAAAUUUGUCAAAAGAGAUUAAAAGAAUGUUAAGAAUAAAUUCAAUAAUUGUAAAUAUAACUCAAAGAAAAAUCUGAAUUAGAAGAUAAGGCCAAGGAAAUGUCAUUAAAGUAUUAAUAAUAAAUUUAAAAAAUGAAAGAAAAUUUUGAAAAACAAGAAAAAGAAUUAUAAAAUUAUAAGGCUUCUUUAAAUGAAAUUACCUAGAAAUUUGAAUAAGAAUAAUAAAAAAAUCUUUAAUUAAAAGAAGAUUUUGAAAAAGAGAAAAUGAGAUUACAAGAAGAGAAUAGAAGAAGUUAAGAGAAUAUUUAAAAAAAAUAUGAAGAAGAUAUGAAGUAUUAUUUUAAAUUUUAAUUAGGAAAUAAAAAUAAAAAAUUGAAUAAGAUAUAUUAAGCUAGAAAGAGAAAAUAGAAACAAUAGAAUUAUAAAAGUCAAACAUAAAAAAUUCUACUCUUUAACAAUAAAAAGGUACAUUCUUUAUAUGAUAUAAUAAUUAGACCAUGUUGAAAAUAAGAUGUAAAAAAUUAGAGAUUACUUAGAACAUUAUAGAAAUGCAAUGGCCAGAGGUUUAUAAUUCAAAGGUAAUAUAUUAACUUAGUAUAAUUAGAAUGUUUAUUGUCUGAAAUUAAUGGUUUUGAAAAACAAGCAUCACUUUAUCCUUUAGAUUAAUCACUAAUGUUUGAGUCAGGAAUAACAACAUAUUGAU